AGCAGCUCUCUUCCUCUGCAGUCUGGCCCGCGCGCGCACACGCACACACACUUGCCUUCCUGAGGAUUUAAUAUCCUGUAUCCUGAUAGAUAAAAAAUAUUCAACAUGCCGUUUUCGGAGUUAUAUUUUAACGUGGAUAAUGGCUAUUUGGAAGGGCUGGUGAGAGGUUUUAAGGCUGGAAUCCUCACUCAGGGCGAUUAUCUGAACCUGGUUCAGUGUGAAACACUGGAAGAUCUGAAGCUUCACCUGCAGAGCACAGAUUAUGGAAGCUUUCUGGCCAAUGAAGCAUCUCCCCUCACCGUAUCGGUCAUCGAUGACAAGCUGAAGGAGAAGAUGGUGGUGGAGUUCCGCCACAUGAGGAACCAGUCGUAUGAGCCUUUGGCCAGCUUCAUGGAUUUCAUCACGUACAGCUACAUGAUUGAUAAUGUCAUCCUCCUGAUCACGGGCACGCUGCACCAGAGGGCGAUCUCAGAGCUGGUGCCUAAAUGCCACCCGCUGGGCAGCUUUGAGCAGAUGGAGGCCGUCAACAUUGCCCAGACCCCUGCUGAGCUCUACAACGCCAUCCUGGUUGAUACACCACUGGCUGCUUUCUUCCAGGAUUGCAUCUCAGAGCAGGAUCUUGAUGAGAUGAACAUUGAGAUCAUCCGUAACACCCUGUACAAGGCUUAUCUUGAGGCCUUUUAUAAGUUCUGCACCAAUCUAGGUGGGACCACAGCAGACACAAUGUGCCCUAUUCUGGAAUUUGAGGCAGACCGGAGGGCCUUUAUAAUCACCAUCAACUCAUUUGGGACAGAGUUAUCUAAAGAGGACCGGGCUAAACUCUUCCCUCACUGUGGAAAGCUUUACCCAGAAGGCCUAGCACAGCUGGCACGGGCUGACGACUACGAGCAGGUCAAAGCUGUUGCUGACUACUACCCUGAAUACAAGCUUCUGUUUGAGGGUGCUGGGAGUAACCCAGGCGAUAAAACGCUGGAGGAUCGCUUCUUUGAGCACGAGGUGAAGCUGAACAAACUGGCCUUCCUUAACCAGUUCCACUUCAGUGUGUUCUACGCUUAUGUGAAGCUGAAGGAGCAGGAAUGCCGUAACAUCGUGUGGAUUGCAGAGUGUAUCGCGCAGAGGCACCGCGCUAAGAUCGACAACUAUAUCCCCAUUUUCUAAUGUUAGACCCUCUCAUUAACUCUUGUCUGAAAUUGUCGUUCACACCCUGUUAUUUAUAAGUGCUGUAUAUUUUGAAUCAUUUCUGUAAUAUCUAAUGGUGUAUGUUUGUCUAGAAGUCCAACUUUCAGGCAACAGCUUUCUCUGGUUGAGAUUUAUCAAUGUUUACAGCUUGCCUUGGAGAGAAUCAUCCUUGGUGGUUCAGUUAAAGUGUUGAACACUUUAAUAUGGUACUUAGGGAUCAAAGUAGCAUUAAUCAUGUGACACGCCAACAUUUUGUUGUAGCUGCCGUGUCUAAUGUCUAUAUUGUCCAACCAGACUAACAUCUACUCUCUGACAUCCUGGUCCUGGCACAUCACUAUGGAUAAAGCAAAAGAGUGUAAUUAGACAUUUUACAGACUUUAGGACUGCAUGAUUGAUUGAGUCAAACAUUCCAUUAUUUUAACAUGUCUGUACAUCCAUAGCUUAUUAUACUACAUCACUUUUAAUUUCUGAAAGUUUCCAAAUUAAACCUUGCUGUACAGACAUGUCGCUUUCCCUUUGUAAAGCAAAUUCCAUCGCAGUCAUUUCUUAACCUUAUCCAGUGGUAAUGAGUAUUAAGAAAGCAUUGGUGGAAAAAAAAUCUGAACAUGAAGUUUUAUGAUAGAAACAUACUUAAGUGGAAAAGUGUUGCUUUUUCUUGUGUAUGAACGCUCUGUGUCGAAGCUGAUGUGAAUUGAACUCUUCUGUUUUUGUAAAUUAGUGUUGACUAACUUAUGGUGUAGAUCAGAUUUUAUCAACGAGAGCCAAAUGUGAAAGGUCAGACCUAUAUAAGAAUAUGAUUUGAAUAUGAUUUAAAUAUGACCUCGCAUUCAGGUAUCCCGUGCUGUAAAAAUUGUAUCGUAUUUCUGUAGUCUUGCUUUUGUUUUGUGUUGGAGAGAAAUAUAUGGAAUCUGUGUCUAAA